UUCAACUCCGACAGUCAACCACAACACGUUCGAAUCUCAAACGGUUCGCACGCGUCGAUCUCUCGCGAUCAGUACUCUCUUGAGCUAUUUUUGUGCGUGUUUCAAAGCUGUGUUUUACGAGCAUGUGUGAGAAGAGGAUAAGCAAACUUAAAAAAGGGUCGCAUUUAACCCGCCAGCGCGAAGCUAGACGCUUCCAAAGGCUGCAGUGGAUGGCUUCCCCAACGCCAGCUGAUGAAGCUCCACCAGCAUCCGCCCCAGCGCAGGCCUCAGCGCCUCAAGGGGCCAUCGAUAAGGCCAUCCACAACCGGGUCAUUCUCGAGCUGGCGUGGAAAACCAUUGCGCUAAUGCACAAAAAUAGGCUGAUACAACAGAAAAUUAUCGCCCUGCAAAGGGAAACCUCGGAGUUUGUUACCACAGUCAUGAGCAACCCUGAAAAUAGGCGGCGGUACUUAGAACAUGUCCGGCUUUACGGCGCUGGUCUUGUCACCUUGCAGCCAACGGAAGAGCCGCAGAAUCCUCCCUUACCUAAAAUAGAGCCAACGUCAGAUUAAAUAGGUUCAUCUUGAACAAAGUUUCAGUUUUCAUCACGUAAGUUGACUCUCCUAUUCAGUGGCUUUUCUGACAGUAACCGUCAAACAGUCCGUUUUGUAUGAGAAUGACCGUAUGGCACCUUGUUGGAAAAGUUACUUAAUCGACCAGCCGUCUUGAGCUUAGCCAUGAUUCCCUUUAUUAGCUUUUAAUACAGGAAAUCCUUGAACCUCUUUCAUUUCAUGCGCGCCUAAUGUGGCCUCUCGCCUACUCCUGGUAAUCAGCCUCUACUUACGUGACGGUAACCAAGCGAAUGUGUAAAUGAACGACAGUGUGUUUAGUUAUUAAGUUAUUCUAUUGUAAGUUUAAUUUUUGUUUAAGUAGAUAUUUUGGUAUAUUGUGAUAAUUUUUCACCAGAAUAUUAAGUCAUAUAGUGGUUAUUUUAUUUUAGUACUUAUUGGCGGAGGUAAAUAUCGUAAAUACAGCUCCCUAGCACUGAAGUGGUACUGGUGAUACGAAUAAUUACUUAUACUUAUGAUGAUGAUAUAACACACUAGCGGUUGACAACAAACUCACCUGGUUCAUAUGCCUGGUAAUUGGUAUAUGAAUACCAGACAUUAGACAUAUGAGAAGAUAAGUCACAAAGUGCUUUAUGCGAGUUGGUGGAAUAUUGACGACAUUAGGAUGGGGAACCCGACCAAAAACAUAUAAAGAGAAGCAAAAUAUAGUCCAUGGUCAUAGCUAGUAUUAAAAAUAUAUCUUCUUAUGGUGUCGGUAACUUUAGCGAAGGGCUGCGCUUGCGCACCGGUACUCUCAAUGAGUAUACAAAGAAGUUUAUUUACUUUUACUCAUUACACGUAUUAUUAUGGCAGUACUUUAUGCACGUUCAAACUUAAUCAUGAUAUAAAAUAAUCAUUCAGUGUUAAAUAACCUACUCGGUGCUAGCAGUGCCGGUAUUUUGGUAUACACACUUUUUUUCUUUUUUGCCUUCCAGCUAUAAUAUUUAAAUAUAGUGUCUUAUUCAAAAAAAGUUGUGGCUAUUAUAGGUAACCUUCUUGUUGUAAACUUAUCGAGGUUGUUAUUUACGAGGCUGUUAGUGUACCUACCUAGAUUGAAAAUGUAUAAUUAUGAAAAAAUAUUGUACCUAAUUAUAAACUUAUAAUGUAAAGGAACGUAAGAGAAAAAAUGGAAGAAAUACCUAGAUACAGACUAAAAUUCUAAAAACACGGUAAUCAAAGGGUUUGAAGUAACGUUUUUAGUCUUUUACGGUCUCAUAUGCCUAGAUAGAAUAUUACCUACAUAUAGUUUCAAUAUUUCAAUUGAUGCUCAGACAAUUGAUUUGAUGUUAAAAUCUUACUAAGGUUAUAUUGAUUCAGUUAACAUUUUUAUAUCGUAGGUACAUCGGGUUUAUUUUCGUGGUCUAAGAUCAAUGGUGUACUAAAUAGAUAUGUUACACAAUUCUAUGAAAAAUCGUACAGCAAAAGUGAUCGAUUAUUGUUUAAAAUAAAAUUUAGUAAAUUGUUCAGAAAUAUCAAAUUGAAUUUACGUUACGAAUGUUUUUAUCUCAAAUAAAAUAUUAGGUACCUUACAUAGAAUAGUCACGUGCUUUAUGUCGGAUAGAAGGACUACGUUUAAGGAGGAUGGUUUUCUAUAUUCGCUAUCAAACAGCGGCCAUUUUGCAAUGGUGAAAACCUACCUGCUUAAGGUGCUGAGUGCUGCUAAAAGAUGUUGAAAUAUCUUUAAUUAUUAAUAAUAAUAUGUGUAGUUCUUCACAGAGCUAAUAAUAUGUGUUAUUCUUGACCAUAUUUCUGCCGAAAUGGUUGUCCGCCAUAAACGAUACAGUAAAACUUUCUCGUUAAAAAUAAUACAAAGUUACUCUACUCUUACGUUACUGUGUAACGAAAAUUUGAAGUAGGUACUUAUUAAAUUUCUCUUUUCUCUCAGUUCUUAGUUAUUUAUUAAAAUUAUGGCAUAAAAUAAAAAAUACCAUAAAAAAACUAGAUAGACAUUAGUACUGAGUAUAUGUCAUAUUUUUUUUAUUUACUAAUUCCAAAGACUUCGAUGACUUCUGUCACUUAUGUGACUGAUGUCACAAUCUUAAAGAUUCAAACUUUAAGGGAUACUUUGCGAGUUAGAGCGUUAAUUAAUGUAAUUUGAAAUAAUUACAAAUUGUGAUUUCAUCAUAUUAAGACCUUAUUAAGUUAGGAAAAUAUUUUAUUGAGUUGAAAAAUAAUACUCUUAGUAAAAAAUCGGUAAAAUAAUGUAUUGUAUCGCUUACAUUAUUGCAAGAAGGUGCAUUAGGUUUUGUUAUUAAUUAAGUAAUAUUAUAACAGUUGUGUUUAGGAUUCAUAUUUUGUUAUCUGGAAAGCAUUAAGCUUUAAUAGUUUUUAGAUGAUUUCUACACGCAGAUCUACCAAAAACUGUGUUCAUAUUGCAUUAUAUCUGCAUUACCUAUUUAGUGUUAGAUGACUUUUGGAUGAAACAUUAAUAAAAUCUCACCGUAUUCAAGUAAACUAAUUUUUACGUCGCUGCAUCCUGAUCGUGUGUUUUCCUAAUAUUUCUAGAUUAGGUAAAUUAAUAUGAUAAAAGUUACAAAUAGAUAUACCUACUUUUACUUUUUACUUACUGUAAAGGUUUAUGAGAUAAAUGCAGAGUAAUCAAAGUAUUAUUCCGAUAAUAUUUAUCACGAUCCUACUUUGGAAAGUAGGUAUUAAUAUUUUAAUUUUAGAUGCACAACACUCCCCGUGUUUAAUUUUAAGAUAGAC